UCGGUAUUAUUCUAUUAAAUCUCCUAGCCAGUUAUCUUUUCUACAUAGUCAUGGCUCAAUCCUCUUCCAACUCCCCUCAAGAGGGUUACUCUCACGAGGCCACCGUGGCUGCCAUCAUAUCCUACUACGAGCUCCUUGCCCGCGUACACCCUGACAGUGUCUCUUCUCUCGAAUACCCUCCCCCAGGCGGAUGGCCUCAGAUUACACCCGAAUCCUUCUCUAUCUUGGGCAGGAACGAUAUCGUCAUUGAGCUGAUGCGGCACAUUCCGUAUUUCACAGACGAUAGAAUAACUUUCAUGAAAUCAACUACCCCCCGAAACUUCGCAGGCGAAUCUUUCUGCAGAAGAACUCAUGAGGCAAGCCGCAUAUAUAAUGAGGAACCGCGGCCUAUCCCUCAGGACAGGAUUGGUGCGAACCCUGGCUACGCUCCUGAGGGCGAAGGCGAGCCAAUCCCAUCCAGCAUGUUCACCUUAGCGGUGCUGGCCCAAGAACAAGAAGAGGGUUACGAUAUUCUUCUUGAUACGGAACACAACAUCGUCAUUGUGGUCAGAGUUGGAGAGGAAUUUCCACCCGGGUGGCCACCAGUCCCUCCCGAUGCGAAUCAUAUCAAGUGGGAUAGAGACGACGAAGACGAGGCGGAAGGAGAGGAAGAAGAUGGAAGUGACGGAGAUGAUAGUGAAGAUAGCGAGGAGGAUGUCGACCUUUACUUGCUGGGUCAUGAUUGGAGAUAUUCGCCGACCUAUCGCAUUGAUACAUUCUUCAAGAUGUGUCAGGAGCAGUGGAGGGUUAUGAACUGGAUGCCUAAAAUGGAAUGGGUUGGCCAGACUCAUGAGGAGUACCUUUUCGAAGAAUCAGACAGCAACACGGAUCGUUGCACUGGCUUAAGGCGCAAAAUCAUGCGUGAGGCUGGCUGGCCUGGUACGGGUGAACAGAUUGGCCUGGGUUGGGACAAGGCGAAGGCGGAGAAGGAGAUGGUUGAGCUCAUCUGAAUGCACAACGGCGGUAGUUCCUACUCUUUUAUGGAUGACUAUUUUCUUCCCCUAGUAUCGUUUGCAAUUAGUUUCAUUUUCUCCAAUCUUCUGGCGACAUUGAUGGUGCUAGGCG